UGUUUUCCUCCACCUCCCUGAGACCUCUCUUUCUCCUCAGCAUGUCCCUUCUUGGCAUCCUCUUGCUGGAGAGGUGGAAGCCCAGGUUCCUGUUCGAUUUCUCAGCACAGCCAUCAGAGGAGCCAGGAGGGGAGAGUGAGGGGAUGACUUCAGGGGCACAACCUCACCUGCUCAGUGUCCCUGAGCUGUGCCACUGUCUGGCAGAGAGCUGGGUCACCUUCAGGCUGUACCUGCAGGAACUGCUACAGUACAAGAGGCAAAAUCCUGCCAAGUUCUGCAUGAGUGUCUGUUCAGGCUGCCUGAUUCUGGCUAUAGUUGGACACUAUGUUCCAGGCAUAAUGAUCUCCUACAUCAUUUUGCUCAGCAUUCUGCUCUGGCCUCUGGUGGUCUACCACGAGCUGAUCCAGAGGAUGUACACACGUUUGGAGCCUGUCCUGAUGAAACUGGACUACAGUAUGAAGGCAGAGACGCUGCACCACAAGCAUGAGAAGAAGAAGCGACAAGGGAAGAGUGAGCCUGCAGCAGGUGAUGAGCCAACAGCAGAGACGGAAAGUGAGAGCGAAGCAGAGCUUUCGGGCUUCUCCCCAGUGGUGGAUGUGAAAAAGACUGCUCUGGCACUGUCAAUCACAGAUUCUGAGCUCUCUGAUGAGGAGGCUUCCAUCCUGGAGAGUGGGGGCUUUUCUGUCUCAAGGGCUACCACCCCACAGCUGACAGAUGUUUCUGAAGACCUGGAUCAGCAGAGCCUGCACAGCGAGCCGGAGGAGUCGUUUUCCAAGGACCUGGCAGAGUUCCCCUCUGUGGAAGAAUACCAUUCCAGAGACCUGGGACCACAGAGCGAUGAAGACGCGUUUGGUGUGCCUCUGGGUCCUGAGCUUGCCCACGCUGCCUGUGAGCUGGACUCAGCAGAGAAGGAGGCCGCGGACUCUGACCUCUCCAUCCUUCGCCUAGCGUCUCCUCUCCAUUUUGUAAAUACGCACUUCAAUGGGAGCGGGCAAGCGGCAGGAGGCAACACAGAGCCAAAGACUGUCCCUGCCCCAGGCCUGGCCAUCUGCAUUGACACGCUGAGCGAGGAGAUCGUCACCACUGCCAUUACCACAGUGGUGCAGAACACCCUCUCUGCCCUGCUGCGGUCCUCAGAGGCCAGCGAGGGACCCUCCCUCUCCGAAUUCCUCCCCACCGAGCCUGAAGAGAAACUGAGCUUUCAAGCACAGCUGUCAGAGACCGAAGUGGUGGAGACAGAGACAGCAGCUUCACCUGAGGAUGAGGAGGAAGCAGAUGACUUUGAGCUACUGGAUCAGGGGGAGCUGGAGCAAAUGGAUGUAGAGCUGGGGCUCGGAGAGGAGCAGGAGGCACGAGAGUCUCCUGCCGCUCUGGCUCCCCCCUCUCCCACACUUGCUGAGCUGCCAAAGCAAGGAGAUGAGGAGGAGGCAGGGAUGACAGCAGCAUCUAUGUCCUAGGUCUUCUUCACUCGCCCCCUUUUCCUCCAUCGUCACUGGAAAGAAGGAAGAGCUCACACCAUGAACGUGCAGUGGGUUUUUAGAUGUUUGUGUUGACUGGGCUGGAAACGCGUCAGUGUUAAUGUGCUGUGUCUGGAAUAAUGAAUCCUCUCCGUCCUUCUAGAGCCCGGCCUUCGCUGGCUGAGCAGGAGAUGCCUCUGCCCUGCAGCUGGGGAGGAGCCGGCUCCUAGAAGCCUUACGCCACAAUCGAAACACCAACCCCAGCAAACGCUUCCUAGUAAUGGUGCAGUAUUUUGGUCUGUCUUCUGUUUGUCUUUCGUUUUGCACGCAGAGUACUGAGCUAGCUGUAGCUGCUGCUAAUACCCACAUCCCCAGUAGGACAUAUGCAAUCUUAUUUUAUUGGGUUUUUAAAUGGCUAAAGUGUAAAU